GUACUGUAUGUGUGUGUUUUUUGCGUAUGUGAAUUCCCAGCGAGGACGCUGACAGAAGCGAUGAACCGCUUGCCAUGUGACGUGCAGCAGUGCCCGUGGGAUUGGCUGAGUUGAGCGAUGACCUCAGCAAAGCCUCCCUCCCUCCUACAGUAGCAGCACCCUCUCUCCUCAUCCCUCCCUCUCUCUUUCCCUUCUGCCUCACCGCUCUGCUUUUUCUUGCCCCCUUUUGAGCAUCCUUUGGUGAUCGUGUAGAGCACAGCCGCAGUGGCUAGCAGCAACAUCCAUGGCCUAAACAUGGAACGGUAAUCAUCUGACAGCCCUCCAUACAAAGGGACACGGGGACUUGAAACCAGAGGGCAUCGGAAGCCGGACGCGUGCUCUUUUUUUAUUACAUCCCUCCAUCUGGUAACCAGGGGCUUCUGUUUUCCCCUCCUCCCAUUUCAGGCUCCUUGGAGAUAGAGGAAUGCAAAUCUGCAAUCAUGAUGGAAGGAUUGAAAAAACGCACCAGGAAAGCCUUCGGGAUACGGAAGAAAGAAAAGGACACUGACUCUACGGGGUCACCAGACAGAGAGGGAGGAGGAAUGGUGACACAGGAACCACAAGAGAUUGAAUCGUCCCAGAAAAAGACCAACGGGGCUCCAAAUGGCUUCUAUGGAGACAUUGACUGGGAAAGAUAUAAUUCUCCAGAAGUAGAUGAAGAAGGAUACAGCAUCAGGCCAGAAGAAGAGGAGGGAGCAGCUGUAAAAGAAAAGACUCACUUUUUCUCCUCUAGUGAGUCUGAAGAAGAGGAGGACCAUCGCAAAAAGUUCAAGAUCAAAAUCAAACCCCUGCCGGCAGACGCUAGCAUUGCAGCACCAUCGGUAGAUGAAUUAAAAGCCUACGUAGGCAACAUAGCUCUGUCUCCUUCGCCUCUGAGACGUAGCCCGAGUCUGGCAAAGAGAAAUGCACAUAGUGAUGAAAUUGCACGGCCUAGACGUGCUGUGCCAACGCCUGUACCAGCUCCUGUGUCCUCCCUGACACGCGCACCUGCUUCUGCACCUGCUCCCGAGCCUGCUAGUAGUAAGAAAUCUCCAGUGCUAGAGGAUGCAACAGCCUUAUUUGGUCCACCACUGGAAACAGCCUUUGAUGAGCAGAAGACCAGUGAAGAGGAACCUGAGGUUUGGGGUGCACCCCUGCCUGAGAAACACCUAGACUCCUCUCUGGCAACACCUUUUACUACAGGAACACUGCCUCCGCUUCCACCUAAGAAUGUGCCGACCUCCCCCCCUCCAAGUGAAUCUCCUGAUACAGCACCUUCCGAUGCGCAGAAAGAAGAGGAUGGUUCAGGGCUGGCCACACAGAGGCCUUCAAUAGCUGAUCUGGACAAUAUAUUUGGUCCAGCAGAUUCUCCAAACCCUGUUCAGGAUGCUGGAGACAAGUGGGUUUGCUUUAGUGAUGCGUCACCAAAAAAACACCCUGCUUCAGAGGGAGAGACUGCACCUCCACUCCACUCCUCUCCACCUCCCCCAGCAGAACCCGCACCCCCAUUACCUAAAUCCCCACCUUCGUCAGAGGAGUUCAGCCCUCCUGUACAAAAAUCACCAACUUCUCAUGCUGAGCCUGCACCUUCUCUUAGGAAUAGUCCACCACCAUCAACAGUUCCUCCUAUUCCCAAAGACACUACUCCUUCUCCUCCAACUGUCCCACCUCCUCCAGUUGAAGAGGCGCCACCCCCACCAACUUCAGAUGAUCCUUUCCACUCCACCACAGAUUUUUUACCACAUGCUCCUUCAACGGAGACGCAAGCAAACUCAACCAAUAGCCAACCAGCUGCUGUAGAGACAAGUGCACGCACAAUCCCUCUACCCUUGGUUCUGAACCAGGUGGACAAGAAGAGUCCAGAGGAAACCCCAUCAAAAGAGGACCUGAGUGAGAGCAGCACUUCACCCAAAGAGAUUGGUCAAGGACCACGUUCGACACCACCCCCUCCUCCACCUCCCACAUACAGGGCCGUAGUAUCAUCCCCAGGGCCUGUCCCGCCACCUGGCACUGGUGGAAAUGAAACUGGCUCCUCUUCCCCUCCACGUCCCUCAACACCAUUGGCUACCAGCAGUUCCCCUCCUCCCCCUCCCCCACCACGGCCACCCUCACGACCCAAACUGCCUCCUGGGAAACCAAGCGUAGGAGAUGUGAAUCGUCCAUUCAGCCCCCCUGUUCACUCGGCGAGUCCUCCUCCAUUGGCUCCACUGGCUCGGGCGGAGAGCACCUCUUCCAUCUCCUCAACCAACUCUUUGAGCGCUGCCACCACACCUACAGUCGGUAAAGAGCUCUCCGUGUCUGUGUCAGAAGAUGACGCUUUUAUAGACAAACUUCCCAACUUUGACAGACGGGCAGACAUGCCAGCAGAGACAGACCAGCCCUCCCUCGUUUGGUUUGACAGAGGCAAGUUUUAUUUAACCUUUGAAGGCUGCUCUCGAGGGCCCAGUCCCCUCACCAUGGGAGCCCAGGACACACUGCCUGUGGCGGCAGCUUUUACAGAGACAGUGAGUGCCUACUUCAAAGGAGCUGACCCUAAUAAGUGUGUGGUGAAGAUCACUGGAGAGAUGGUGUUGUCCUUCCCGGCAGGGAUCACUCGGCAUUUUGCAAAUAACCCCUCGCCUGCUGUGCUAACCUUCAGCAUAACCAACUACAGUCGUCUGGAGCACGUCCUCCCAAACCCUCAGUUACUGUGCUGCAGUGACACCACACAGUCUAAUCCAAACUCAAAAGAGUUCUGGGUGAAUAUGCCAAACCUGAUGACCCAUUUAAAGAAGGUGGCAGAACAGAAACCACAAGCAACAUACUACAAUGUAGACAUGUUGAAAUAUCAGGUGUUACCGAAAGGUCUACAGUCCACUCCUUUAAAUCUGGCAGUGAGCUGGAGGUGUGAGCCUACCAGUACAGAUCUGAGGAUAGACUACAAAUACAACGGUGGGGCAAUGACUACACCUGUCGCGCUCAACAAUGUUCAGUUUCUCAUCCCAGUGGAUGGAGGAGUAAACAAACUGCAGGCUGUGCAUCCCACAGCUGCAUGGAAUGCAGAGCAGCAGAGAAUCUUGUGGAAAAUUCCAGAUAUUUCACAGAAGUCUGAAAAUGCAGGAGUGGGAUCUCUGCUGGCUCGUUUCCAGCUCACUGAUGGUCCCAGUAAGCCCGCUCCAGUGGCAGUACAGUUCACCAGUGAGGGCAGCACUCUGUCAGGCUGUGACAUUGAGCUUGUUGGCCUCGGAUAUCGGUUUUCACUCAUCAAGAAGAGAUUUGCAGCAGGAAAAUACAUGGCAGACAACUGAACAACACCUUGCAAGUCUGCAUAUUUUGGACCAACUAUGACAAUUCAAAACACAGGACACACCACAACCCUCACUUGUACUUGACCUUACGAGUGAACCUUUGUAGAUGUACAAUACAGGUGGACCUCACACACACUCCAGCAGUAUUAAAUGAGUUGCAUUACACAAAUGUGGACCGUUUUAGGGUGUACUUUAUAUUUGUGAACUGUAUUCACAUCUGUAUUACUGCAGUUAAAUAGCCCGGGUUUGUUCAUAAGGUUUAGCCUCUAUUUCUGUCCGAUGUGGUGUUGGCUGUGCCUGAACCUGAAUUCUCUGUAUCCCACUUUAAAUGUGGUACAAAAAAAAAUGUAAUGGUUUUAUUACUCUGUGCAUUAGGUUCGUCAAAGGUAUCACAUUUCAAAACAAUGUAGGAAGAAAAUGAUCUAAAAUUCUUUUGAGGGUCUGUUUUAAAACAUACUGUAAUUGAGCCUUCUGCCACAAGAUGGCGCUGUAUUGUUGCAUGUCUGAACAGGAUUUGGUAUUGCUUGUGAAAAAUUGGUCAUAAAAAGAAUUCAGGAAUUUCACCUUCAUUCAGGUUAACUUAAAAAAUUGGAAAACAAUAGAAAUGUUAUUAUGUCAGGAUUUUUAGACAGCAACGGCUUUAAAAGUCUCCUACACCCCAACCCCAAAAAAACAAAUUUCCGUAAAAAAAAUAAUUUUAAAUCGAAAAUAUAUACAGUAUAUAUAUAUUGAAAGCCGUGAGUGUUUUCUUGUACUAUUAAAUAGCCUUUCUGUUGUUCCCAAGGGAACAGUGUUAGUCAUCAGAGUACAUUUACGUCAUUCUAUUUUUAUUUAUUCAUGAUAAUUUGUUGUAAAAAACAAACAAACAAACAAAAUAAAAGUUACACUGUAUAUGAAUAGACUUUGAAUGGUAUCACGAUUUAGGACUUUUUGUUAUUUGUGUAGUUGGUUAAGCUGUGUACAGUAUAAUGCUGAGGUAUAAUUUUUACAUUUAUUUCAGAUGGAAUUUUUUUAACUCAAGUGCAAAAGAAAAUUUAUGCUAUAGGCUAUAUAUGGGUCGGGGUAAACAUUUCAAAACUGAAACGGGAUGCUAUAUCUACCUAGAUGCAUCAAGCUUAAUGUUAUUACAGUGUUAUGUAUAGCAGCACUACUGUAUUAGUUAAAACAUGGAUUGUCAGCUUUUGUUUCUUCUUUAUACAUUCACGCAAAUGUGUUUGUAUUCGGCCUCUACACCCCACAGCACAUAGCCUACUGUAUUCCCGAGCAUGAGCCCAUAUCCAACCACCCCUGCGCUUGAGAACACCUUUAUUUCGCAAAUGGUAACGGUCUCUGUGAGAUGACGAGGUUAUUUUUUUGAGUGGUUAAAUGACCAAAUCACUUUUUCUUUCUUUUUUCGUUCAUUUGUUUGUGUAUAUCCAGAAUUGUCCUGUAAGAGAGAAAAUAAGCUGAAUAUUUUUUAAAUGUUAAAACUUAUGAAUAAAGUGAAAAAUAUUGUUUCUUGUGGAAAAACGAAAAGAUAAAAAAAACACUGUGUUACUGUUUAACUUUCCGGAUGCUCUGAUGUUUAAUGUCAAGAACAAACAUGACGUUGAGUGUCUGAUGUAGACGUCGUGAUGGCUUGGAGAGAUUACUGGUGCUUUGUGAUUCAUGGGUUUGUCUCCAUCUGCAUAAACACUGCAUUGUAUAUUUUCUGACCACUGUAACUAUAAAGGGUUUUUAAUUGCACUGAGUUAAAUCAAAGAAAAACUCCUAUGAAUUCAAUUCAGUGUAGUGCUUAAAAAGUACAGUAUGUCUACAUGGUUCAAAGUGAAAUGUCGGUCAGAUGCUCAGACGUAAGAAAUCUCAUGUAUGUGGAUGUGUGUGAAUGUUGCAUUCGUGUGAAGCGGAGUUUGUGAGUGUGCUUGUAUAUGUGUGUGCGCGCGCGUGCUGUCUGGUAACUGUACACCGUCUCUUCCCAGCGACAUGUGCAAGCUGUGUUUGUACAAAUACUAUUGAAGAUCUGAGAUACUGAGAUAACUUUGCUCUUUCCAAAACAAUAAAAUAUAUAAGCCUGA